GAACUCGCCUUGCUGAACCUGAUCUUGUGCGUAUAUUAGUACGGACACCGUGCACCCCGAGCGCGGGGAAAUUAAUUGACGGCGGAACUUGGUCUUCAGCUAACCGCCCAGGGACCGUCUUAUUCUGAUCGAAGGUGUGGGACUAGACUGCUUGUACCAUAGCGACAAUGACACGGUGCAAUCACCAGCGAUGGACCUCGGUAGGUUUUAUAGGUACUUCCUGAGGGUUGAGACGGACCUCAUGUGGUCCUCGGAACAUCGCGACGAUCACGCUCAUCGAUCUUCUCUCUUCUUGUCUUCUUCUCUUUUUCAUCUUGGGGAAACUUCUACUCCAUCACGAAGGAAAUAUGAGAUUAAAUAACAGAAACACGUCCCUCACCUCUCGAAAGGUAAAAAUGGAUAGACUGUAUUAUACGUUCUGCGCAAAUCAUUCUGUAACUAUUUUCGACUAAGCUUUGAGAGCUAACCGUGAUCCAAUGUUGCGCAUAUGACUGAACGUUUCAUACACCACGUUUGGUAUGGAGAGAAAAAAAAAUGUAACAUUUUUCUGAAACACGGAAUGGAUUCUAUGAUUUAAUCAAGAAAAAAAUUUAAGAUUUAAAUUGCUUUGAAUUGUGCAGCAGUGCAGCUUAUAGUGCUUAUACGUACUUUGGUUCAAUGAGUCAACUUGGAGAAAUGUUCCAGCAUUAAUUGAAAUCGGGAUAGAAAAAUUUCCACAUGCUUUGCUAUUUAUGAAAUUAUUCAUAUUCAUAGUCUAUGAUUAUUGAUUGGUAAUUGAGAUGCCGAAAGGCUUUUGGUAAUUUCCAUAUAAAAAGUGGUUGUAUUGAUAUUUUGUUUCAACUUUGAAUUUCAUAUUUUUACUAACACCCAACACUUUGACAUCUAGCGGCCAGAAAAAAAACCUGACUGUGGAGACAACACGUCAAAUUGCCAAGUGUUAUGAUUGUAUACUUCAAGUCUUUGACCUGAAUGCAGGUAGAAAAUUAACUCGUUCGGUACUUCCUCUCGAAUGGAAGAAUCCCGGCUCUACUCACAGGAAUGAGCAGUAAUGACGAAAAUAGCGACUCGUUGACUUUAUCUCCAGUCUGGAAAUCUUAUCUUUACCAGUUACAGCAAGAAGCUCCUACAGCCGUUGCUGUUCUUUGCUCUUCCAAUCAAGAGGAUGCCAACAGACCUCCAUACUUUGAGGAUGAGUACCAUGGCUGCAUUUCAAAUCAGGACACUAAAAUGUUGUUGAUGAAAGAUGGUCAUUUCCUUGUCAGAGAGAGUGGAAAGAAUAGAGGACACCACACAUUGAGCCUCAGAUUUAACAAUGAAUUGAAGCAUUACAGGUUAUAUUUUGAUGGCAGAUUUUUUGUUGGUGAAAAGAAAUUUGAUCUGUUGUUGGAUCUGGUUACUGACGGCCUAAUUACAAUGCAUUUGGAAAUAAAAGCUGGUGAUUACAUUCAUCUCAUGUGUCGAGCGGCAAGUUACGAGCAAAGCCCCUACUUCACCCUAAACGAGAGGAAGCGUCGCACUUUGAGUCGUAAUAAUAGGCCUGCCCUUGUUCAGCCGAUCUCAGACGACAUUCAUUAUGACAAAGCCCAUGACUUUCGAAUCCAAAACUUCAAAGGCUUGCAUUGGUGCGAUUUUUGUGGAAAUUUUAUGUGGGGUAUAAUUGCCCAAGGAGUUCGAUGUGAAGAUUGUGGAAUUUCAGCUCAUCGAAAGUGCUCAGAAAAAAUUCCAGCUGACUGCUGUCCGGAUCUGAAACUUUUAAGAGGAGUUUUUGGCGUGGAUUUGACUACCCUCAACAAAGCGCAUGGAAACACGCGUAUUCCUUUUCUAGUUGACAUGUGCGUUAAAGAAAUUGAAAGACGAGGCCUUAACUCCGAAGGAAUUUACAGAGUCUCUGGUUUGAGAGAUGACGUUGAAGCAUUAAGACUUGCUUUUGACAGAGAUGGCGACAAGACUGAUCUUGGACCUUCGUCCUGGGAAGACAUCAAUGUUGUCGCUGGUGUACUGAAAUUAUAUUUCCGUCUUCUACCAAUUCCAUUAAUUGCCUUUCAGGUUUACCCGCUUGUGAUGACAGCUGCAAAAGAGCCUGAUGAAAACCGCCGUUUGCAACGAAUAAAAGAUGCCGUACAUUUACUUCCACCUGCUCACUAUAACUCGUUGAAAUAUCUUAUCUUUCACUUACAUAGGAUAGCGGAGAACAAAGAAAAGAAUAAGAUGUCGUCUCUGAAUUUGAGUACGGUUUGGUGCCCCACCUUAUUUCCUGGACCUGAUUUGCAAGAAAUCAACAGUACCGGAUCAAUACCCGACUUUCACCUUGAAGCUACUUCACUGGACGUUAUGAUCAGACAACCCCAUUUGAUUUUUCCUCCAAAUAUUUAACCGUUCCAUUACCUGACAUGAUCUUGCCACACUUAUUUAUGUUCUGACCACUAGUCUGAAACAUUGCGGUAUGUUUGCACCAGCACUUCUCCUUCCAUUUACGGUCUACUUCCAAUACAAGUCUUACUCGUGUAA